AUGUUUAGGCUAUUUUUAACGAUCAUCAUUGGGUUGCUAACAGUUACAACUUCUGUCUAUGCCGCUUCACCCACUAAUUCGGCCCAAUAUGCAGAGAUAUCAAAUUUGGUGAGUAAACUUGGUAUAGGAUCAUUGUUUCCUGUUGCAAAUGAAUAUUGUGUUACUGGUGGAGGUGUAUUAUGUGAUUCUUUAAACCAAACCAUUAUAUCUUUAUCAUUCCAAGGUAGACCCGCCAUUCUAUCGGCAACAGAUUUCGAUGCCUUCUUAACCUUGACAACAUUAAAAAUUCAAACAUGGGGAUCAGCUAUUCCAAAUGAUUUGAUCGGUGAUAUGAUCUCUCAACUUCCAAAUCUAAACGUAAUUACAUGUAUAGGUUGUCAACUUACUGCUCUCCCUACUAUUUCAAGAAAAAUUGAUUCAUUGGAUUUAACCAAUAAUCAAAUUACGGGAGAUCUAUCAACCAAUCAAUUAAAUUUAAUUAAAACUAAACUAGUUGUAACACCAGGUGCUUUUAAUCUUGUUGAGGACCCAACCAUUCCAUUGCCAUCGUUUCCAAAUAUUUUGACUUUGAAAACAAAUAAUUUCAUAGAGUUUAAUUACACUACUGAUAUCAAACAAUUAAAAAUUUCUUUUGGACCAAAUUUUGAUUCAACUACAUUUGGUUUGAUUGAAAGAAUUAGAGGUUUAGAGUCAAUAGUGUUGGAUAAUACUGGUAAUGCAAUAUUCGAUCCGGUUCCAUUCCCACAUGACUGUAUUCUAUACUCGCCAAACAUUGCAUCAUAUACUUCGUUCAAUGUCAAUUACCAACCAUUAAAUGAAAUAUAUAAUUUCAAUUUAACUAAACUUCAAACAAUUACUAUUGAUGGCAGUCCAUCUCUUUUUGUAGAGAAUAAACUCCCAAUUAUUGUUAGUCCCAAUUCACUUUUCUUAUCUUUACCAAGAAAUAAUCUAACUUCAUUUAAUUUGGAUGAUUAUGCAAACUUUAAUGAUAUUAGUCUUGAUUUAUCAUUUAAUAAUAUCGUAGGAUCAUUACCAAAUAUUCCAAUCAAUAUGAGAUUAGAUGUAAGAAACAAUAGUUUUACAGGUACUGUUCCAGAUGAUUAUUGCUUUAAAAGAAUCACUUCUUUUGCCAAUAACCAAUUGACAGGGUUACCACCAAUGUGUUAUAUUUGUUAUUCAGGUUCAAAUAUCCAAAACAUUGUUGGUGGCAAUCAAUUUACUACCUUCUCUUUUGCUGAUUGUGAUCAUUCAAGUAUCAAUGUUACAAAUGUAAAAUAUGUUGUUGAGACUGGACCAUUGGUCAUUCGAGGUGCCAACGUAGGGUUCACCAUUUCUGGUUUAUCAACUUCUAUUCCAUCUCUUUCAUUUAAACCAAAUAUUUUAAAUAGAGAAUUUAGUGCAACUGGAAGUGUAGCAUUGUAUAAUCAAUUUGUUGGAAACAAAACGAUUGAAGUUUCAUUACAAGUUUCUUCACAACCAUUUGAUUUUGUGAAUACUGUAGAAUUUGUUGAACCACAUUCCAUUAGUUCAUACGAUUAUGAUAGACAUGGAAAUACAGGUUUUAAAUUCACAUUUAAUGGUAUUCGAUUUGGUACUAAUCAAUCGAUGGUCGUUGUUUUAAUGGGCGGAUAUAAAUGUAAUAUUAGUAGUAUUGUAGACACCAAGAUUGAGUGUGUUGUUGGUACUACCAGUAUCCCAGAAGUAGUACACAAUGCAACGAUUAGAAUCGAUGAUUUGGUGACUGCUUCUAUUUUGGUUACAUUUAGAAUCGAGUAUCCAUUUGUCACGUCAAUCUUCCCACCUUCAUUGGCUCAACGAGGUGGAUCGAUUACAUUGUAUGGAGAAUACGGUCCUGUACUAACCAACCCAAUCGUCAAGAUUGGUGGUGAUACAUGCGACAUUUCAGCACCACUCACCCAAAGUACUAUAGUCUGUACUCUAGCAGGUGGUGUUGGUGUCAAGGACGUAUACAUCAGCAUCAAUGGCGUGGAAUGGAGGAUUGCAUCGGGAUUCAAGUACUCAAACUUGACGGCAAUCUGUCCAGGUGACAAUGAUGAAUGUUCUGGCCACGGAGAGUGUGAUGCAGAGAGCGGCAUAUGUCUCUGUCACCAAGACUACAAGGGACCAGCUUGCAACAUUAGCUCGUCAACACCCUCGGGCGAGAUAUCAUUCUCGCCAAUGGUCUCGACCAUCAGCAACGACAACCUAGUCGUGCGAUUGGGUCUCGUCACCAUCAAAGAGAUGAAUAUCUACGGUGAAAUGGUCCGUCAAUUCAUCCCCAACCCAAGAGAAUGGAGAACUAUCUCGUCGUCAGACUCCAAGAGUGUGUACAGCGCAAUGUUUGAGGUGGCCAACAUCACCUACACACUCGAGAGUUUUAACCAGUCGACUACGCUCACCUUUGCCGACAAGACCAUUCAGAUGGAUGCAGGUACCAUGAAGAUGACACUAAACAUCACCAACUGGAGUUACUAUGGUACUCUCAACACACUACAAGUUGUCAUGCGAUCACAUGUCAACGUCGAAGGUGGUCCAUCUAAAACCAACUGCGGUACCAAGUCAUCGGACCAAAUAUCGACCGACGAUAACGGUGUCCUCAACUUUAUGGCCAUUGAACGUCAAGGUAGAUCUUUCUAUGCAAAGUUUGUAGAUCGUGUCAUAUCUGAUGGUCGCGCCACCUUUUCCAAACCAUACAUCAUUAAUCAAACAACCGAUGGCUCAUCCCAAAAUUCAACCACCGAUAUUGCUAUUGACCUACCAUUCUUCCGUUAUUCUGCUAUUAUUGAUCCUGAUUUCUCUGUAUUACUUACAUCACCACCCGAUGAUGAAUGCAAUCCAAAGGAAGACGAUAGACCUGCUUGGUUCCUCCCAGUCGUAGUCACUGCUCCUGUGGUAGGUGGUGCAGCUAUUAUUGGAGGUGCAUACUUUUUGAUUAAAAAGAAGCUUUACAUUGAUGUAUCUUCAAAGGAUUGGAUUGAUUGA